AUGUCCGCAUGCUUGCUGUUACACAAGACCAAAUUCAUUAUGGCCCAUCUUGACAUCGAUCUUCUAUUGGAGCGGUAUCUCACCUUAGUGGACGAGUAUACAAAGUUGCGAUCAAAACUGAACCAGCUUCAAGUGGACAUCUAUCAAAACAUCGCGCGGGCGAAUUAUUCGGCCGAGAGGGGCAUCAGAUAUGGCCCUGAUCUCUACGACGAGCGUAUGCAAGCGGUGAGGCAGCUCAAUAUCGCUGUCGGUGAAGAUAAUGUGCCUUCAUUCGAGAUUGGGUUGAGCCAGGCGGAGGUCACGGACGACGUCAAAUCUGACAGCCAAUCCAAUGAUGACGGGCAGGAGAAACCUACUCAGAAGCCCAAGGAUCCUUUACGGUGGUUCGGAGUCCUGACUCCCAUGCCUCUUCGUGUGGCUCAGAAAGAAGCCAUAGAGGCCGUCGAGGACAUCGUUCCGAAAUUGGUGUCCAUCAACGCAGAGAUGAUUGAGGUUGAGAUCCAGGUCCGGCGACAGAAGAAACGUCGUGCAAAGACAGAAGCCAUUGCGAUGAAGCAGCGCGGAGAAGAAGUCACACGUUCAGAAGUUGAAGCAUGA